GAAGGCUUUUGUGGAUUUAAAGCUGGCCCUCCAGACACCCCCAACUCUUGGUCUCCCUGACAGUAACAGACCUUUCACGCAGACUGUUGACGAGAGGGGUGGGUUCAUGACUUCUGUGCUAUUACAAGAACAUGGGGGGAGACUGAGACCAGUAGGCUAUUUUUCCAGCAAGCUUGACCCGGUAGCAGCUGGGCUGCCAAAUUGUCUGAAGGCUGUGGCGGCUGCAGAGAAAGCUGUUAUAGCCUCACGUGACAUUGUGGGUUAUGCUGAUCUGACAUUGUUGGUUCCACAUGCUGUCUCAAUGAUAUUGCUUGAACAGAAAACAUCACAUCUCUCAACAGCCAGGUGGUUAAGAUACAACACCAUAUUGCUUGAAAUGCCUAAUAUCACUGUUAAGAGAUGUACAGUGCUUAACCCAGCAACUCUCCUCCCUACAGCGGCAGACGGUGAACCUCACGAUUGUGUGGCAGUGAUAACAGAGACUUGCUCCCCCAGACCAGAUCUGCAGGAAACACCAUUGAUCAAUCCAGAGCUGGAGCUGUUUGUUGACGGUUCAGCAUCACGAGAUCCAGCAACUGAUAGCAGAUAUGCAUGGGGAGUGGCGCAUGAUUUUGGAAAACUCUGGGCAAACAGAAACUUCCUUACAUCCACAGGCAAACCCAUUGCACAUCACACACUGGUUGCUGAACUCUUGGAUGCUGUGCUGUUGCCUAAGCAGAUUGCCAUUUGUAAAUGUGAAGCACACACUAACAACCUUGAUCCUAUCUCACAGGGGAAUGCCAGAGCGGAUAAAGCAGCAAAAGCUGCUGCCAAACAAACACCGACUACUCAGUGUGUUGCAGUAACUAAUGAACAUCUGACACCUACAGCUGAUCUGCAGGAACUGCAGACAAGAGCAACGGCAGAGGAAAAAGCAGUGUGGCGAAAGGCAGGCUGCACGGUCACAGACAAAGUGUGGUGAAGGAAGCCAUUCCAAAGGCUGCAGAGAGGAAACUGCAUGACUUGGAGCCUGGUGAUUGGAUCGUGGUGAAGGAUUUCAGACGGAAGAACUGGCGGGCUCGCAGGUGGAAUGGUCCCUACCAGAUCUUGCUCACCACUGAAACAGCUGUAAAAGUGGCAGAGAGAGCUACGUGGAUCCACGCCACCCACUGCAAACGAGUACCCGAGCCGGGGCCAGCAGCCAAACACCAGACAAGUGAGAUCGAGAUCAGUGAGUGAACCGAACCUUCCUCCCCUUGUGCAUUCAGGGGGUAUUGGAGGGGAGUGGCGGUCCCGUGGGGGAGUUUCUCUGAGCACAGAGAUUCCACUGGGACCACCUAGAACCACUACCCUCCCGAACCAAAACAUCACGGGCACACUGAUUAGGGGGUAGGCAGAGGUGACACAACUGAUAAGAUGACACUUGAGACCAGAGAAAGAUGGCGAUGGAGGGGUGACGGACUGAGAGGCCACGGAGACGGGGUGCUGCUCGCUGUCAUCAUUGUCCUGUCAUCAGUCUCACUAAUGGAAACAUUCAAAUCACAACUAACCCCAGAAGAAGGGGGGGUCAAAAGGGAGGUGCCACCCAUCUUCCCCAACAUCCCAGCUCAGCUGGAAGACAACGCAUGGUAUGCAACUAUACUGACUAUUGCCAGAAAAAUGACUAACCAGAGCUGCUACACCUGUGUGCAGCUCCGCCAUGGGGUGGGGGGAUUCCAUCCCAGUGAAACCCACGCCAUUAAAUGUCUCUGAGACCCUGGGAGUCAUGGUGGCGUUCACCCGGGGGGUUACUCUGCAGAACAGAACAGUGAGAGACAUGGGAGCUGCACUCAAGCUAUGUAACAUCAGCAUGCAAACAGAUUGUCACUACAACAUGCGGCACCGGGUGGAACAAGGGAGGUCGAAGCGAAUGCAGAGGACCUCAGCCAUACAUCGCUCAGCUGAAUCUGACUGACACCACCAGCUUACACCGCCCAGGAAGCGACAAUCCCAUCGUCCUGAUGCCUACGGAGGAUGGAUUUGGAUCCCUAAGAGAGCACGUGUGGGUAUGUGGACAGCAUGUUUAUCAAUCCCUCAGACCGGGGUGGUGUGGCACCUGCUACCUUGCUAAGCUGAUAACAUCUGUGAACAUUCUACCCACCAUCACUCAUUUUCACACCCACUAUGCUCACUAUUACUUACCACACAGAGCACGGCGAUCCACUACGAGAGUGUCACAAGGGGAGAAAGGAAUCAGUGGCAUCCUCCCCUGGUGGGGGACUGUGAAUAAUGCACACAAGAUAGAUCACCUGGCCAUAGAUCUUGAGAACUUGACGGCACUGGUAGAGGUAGGGUUUUCCACUCUCACUCCUACCAUGCAGGGGAUCAAAAAUGUGGCCCUGCAGAACAGAAUGGCUUUGGACUUGAUGCUGGCUAGUCAAGGAGGAGUUUGUCAUAUUAUUGGGACUGAUUGCUGCACCUAUGUUCCAGACAUCACAGACAAUAUGACUCAUGUUGUUUCCCAUCUGAACGACCUACUGCAUGAGGAGAAAAGCCUAGACUCCCAGAGUGUGGGAGGAUGGGAUAUGUGGUCAUGGCUGACUGUGGGAGGAUGGAAGAAUGUGUUGAUGAAAAUGUUGGCACCUGUGCUCCUAGUUAUUGUGCUCUUCCUCCUUUUGACCUGCUGUGUAAUUCCCUGUUUCAGAUCAAUGAUUGCUACAGCAAUUAAAUCAUCUAUGGGUCAGUAUCUGAAUAUACCAAUAGAAACAUCCAGCUCUGUUGAAUGGAUUCCACCGUUUGACAAUGAGAUGAUUUGAGGAGAAUAAAAUUGCAUGUAACCACACUGGAUUUUGAAGUAUGAUGUGAGUUUAGAAUAAAAUGUUCAUGUAUGCUCAUAUAUUGCUGCUAGAGCUAUUUACCUAAUGGUUAAAGUUAUAAUAACAAUAAGAG